AUGCACGAACAGCUCCCAGCGCCAUACCAUGUCAAUACGUGGUUCUUUGUGUGCGGACCUCUGGCUGUAAACGUCUUUAUAAUGGGAUUAGCAACCAAUUUGUACGUCUUUAAGCGAUAUAAUUUGGCCUUUGAUCGGGUCUUGGACAUGCAGCCAGACGAAGUACCGACCGCGCGUGGUGUCUUCCGGACGGGUCUUUUGCUACUUUUUGUGCAGUUUUUAUUGUUUCAUAUAGAAGUGGCAAGACGUGGCGAUAAAUUUGGUGUUGAUGAGAUACGGAUGGAGAUGAUACUACUUGGAUACGUCCUUGUGGCAGCUGUACUGCUGCUUUGUCCUUUUGACGUACUGCACUACAAGUUUCGUAUGUUUGUUGUGCGAAAGGUAGCGCACUGCUUGUGGCCAUUUCAGGACUAUUCACUAAAGAUUCCGACUCAUGCGACACCAUUUGUUGAAGUGUUUAUUGCUGAUGGCAUGACGUCAUUGUCUAAAUUUAUCCAAGAUCUGUCCAUAGCACUCAUGCUGCUCUUGAUGUCGUCCUAUAACAAGCCCGAAGACUUGAAGGAGUCGUAUAUUUCUAAACUCAAGGACUCACCGCUGCCCUAUUUUGCAGCGAGUACACCAUAUAUAAUCCGCGCGACGCAAUGUAUGAUCUCAUUUCGCCGCACUGUCAGUGUGGACGACCGGUUUCUCCACUUGCUCAACACGAUGAAGUACUGCUCAAGCUUGCUGGUGAUUUCAGUCGGAGCUUAUCCGAUGCUUAUGGGAUUGGCACGGCCAAAGCAGAACAGCUUUUUUCUCCUCUGUGCCGUGUUUAACUCGCUCUACUCGUUCAUUUGGGAUGUCGUCAUGGAUUGGGGUCUGGGACAGCCCAAGCUACCUCGACGGAUUUUUUUCCUGCGGCAUCAAUUGACGUACCGCCCGCAGAAGAUUUAUUAUCUGAUUAUUGUGGUCGACUUUGCGCUGCGCAUUAUGUGGGUGACGAAGUGGUGGGACUGGAUGCACCGCGGUGUCCAUUUUAAAUUAUUCUUACAGAUAGCAGAAGUUGUACGUCGUAUCAUUUGGAACUUUGUGCGUGUGGAAUGGCAGUGCAUUAAGCUUGACAUCAUUGGUAGCAAGAAGUUGUCAGCGGACGCUUUGGAGCUGGAAGGAAUGAUUGAGAAAAUGCCGCUCAUAGCCGAGGACGACUUGCUUGACGAUGCCAAAACGAGAAUGAGACUGCAUAGCCGCUCAAACCUUCUUUCAUCUGAGAAUAGUUGCACCAAAACAAGGAAAGCACUCAGCCCGAGCAACGGCAGAAGGCUACACCUUCCAGUGACAAAAACUGCCCAUGAUGCAGACAUCGGUCUUGAAAAACAAGCUAAACACGAUGAAACGAAGUUGUCUGCUGCCAUCACCGUUGCGAGCUACUCUGGUAAGCCGCAGGCGAUGCUGGUAAGUGGUAAAAAGAUCACGGUUUCGACUUCUUCAAGGAAAAUUAGGUCCGAAUCAAAGCAACCUUAA